AUGGCAUCUCCAACCGUCUCUUCCAUGGACCAGUACACAUCUCCCUCCAAAAACGAGAAGAUCUCACCGCAUGAUGGUGAGGCCGGCGUCUCUGAUACCGAGAAGGGAGAGUCUCGGGAGGUCUUUCAGGAGAAUGUCGACGGCGUUGAGUUCAGAACUGUCAGUUGGCAGCGAGCCACUGUGGUCUUUCUCAAGAUCAACUUUGCGAUGAGUAUCCUUGCUAUCCCUGGCGCUCUUGGUGCGCUGGGCUCGGUUGGAGGAUCUCUGUGCAUCGUUGGCUAUACUUCGCUCAACGUUUAUACUGCUCUUGUUCUUGGUGACUUCAAGCACAACCAUACCGAAUGCCACACAUUGGCUGAUAUGAUGGGCCUCAUCUGGGGUCGCUGGGGUCGUGAACUUGUUGGUGUCCAGAUCAUCGUCGCCCAGGUUCUCAUCUCUGCCGGCGGCAUAGUCACGUCAGCUAUCGGCCUCAAUGCACUGUCAGAUCACGGGACAUGCACCGUCGUAUUCGCCCUCGUCUCCGCCAUCCUCAUCACACUCUUCUCUUCGAUACGCACAUUUGCUCGUCUGGGCUGGCUGACCUGGUUCGGCUUCAUCACAUUCGUUCUUGGGGUGUUCAUCUUUGUCGUCGCUGUGACGCAGGUCGACAGACCAGCUGCCGCUCCCAAGACCGGCGACUUUGAUCUCGGUUGGGCGCCGAUCGCGUAUCCUAGCUUUGUUGUUGGUAUGAUCAAUGCUACCAAUAUUUUCAUCAGCACCUGCGGCUCUUCCAUGUUCUUGCCCGUUAUAUCUGAGAUGAAGAGACCGCAUGACUAUCGCAAGGCUUGCCUUGUGGCUGGCUUCAUCGUUGGGGCCAUGUAUCUUUCUUUCAGUCUCGUCAUUUACAGAUGGUGCGGAACUUGGAUCUCAACGCCAGCUUUUGGCAGCGCCGGUCCCCUUAUCAAGAAGGUCGCAUACGGAGUCUCUUUACCUGGACUUAUUCUUGGCGUUGGUAUCUAUCAACAUGUCGCUGCCAAAUAUGCCUUUGUCCGCAUAUUGCGUGAUUCUGAGCACCUGCAGGCCAAUACCUUCACUCACUGGGGCACUUGGCUCGGUAUCAAUCUGGCCCUGGGAACUGCAGCCUUCAUCGUGGCUGAGGCGGUGCCCAUCUUGAACUAUCUUCUCGGCUUGGCCGGUUCUCUUUGCUUUGCGCCAUUCAGCCUGGUGUUUCCUGCGCUACUGUGGAUGUAUGACUUCAAGAGCUACAAGACUGGCACGUUGGGUCAGAAGAUCAAGUACGCCUUGCAUAUACUCAUCAUGAUUCUUGGCUUUUAUAUGAUCGUCGCUGGCACCUACUCCGUUGGCGUUUUGAUCAAGGAGGCAUUUGACACUGGGGCGAUUGCCAAGGUCUUUGACUGUGCGGACAAUUCGGGUUUCGUCCAGUAA